AUGAAUAGCGAUUUAAAAUUAUCACAUAAAGCCAAAAAACGUAUCAAAGAAGUCAAGAGGAAAGCGAGACCCGAAUUAGCUGACAAACAUCAAUGGACAGCUUUAAGAUAUGCAGGAAAUUUUGAAGAGUUCCUAAAAUGCAAUGACAAUGUAGACCGCAUUAAUAGAUGGUGCUUGUUCCCAACACAAACGCCCAGAGAGCUUAUCAAAGUUACAGGUGCCAUGGGCGGCAAGCAAAGAGAUGAAGCUAUCACAUGGUUCAAAUUAAUUUAUCCCAAAACACAGUUGGACACAUGGCCAAAAGAGUAUAAACCAGUUGAAAUACUUCAAAAGCCAGGAGAAACAGUAUUUGUGCCUGGGGGCUGGUGGCAUGUUGUUCUGAACUUAGAUGACACUGUAGCAGUUACACAAAACUUUUGCAGUCGUACCAACUUCCCAGUGGUGUGGCACAAGACAGUACGUGGACGUCCGAAGUUGUCCAAGAAAUGGGUCAAAACACUUGAAAGCAAAGACCCCGAGCUGUACAAAAUUGCAAGCAGCAUGGACUUGAAUCAGAGUACAGUGAGGGCCAGCGCAGCAGUCCAAGUCAGAAGAUCGCACGAUGGCCCCGUUGAAUCCGACGAAGAAUUCGAUAGCAGAUACGAAGCAUACUUCAACAGAAAAGAUAUUGACGGCUGGGAAAUCCGCCAAGGUAUGAAUGACUUAUGCGGUAUGGACCUUGUCCCAGACCCGAGGAUCAUAAAGGCUGCCCUCCAUGCUUGCCGAAGAGUAAAUGACUAUGCUCUUGCUAUCAGGUUUAUUGAAGCCUGCAAAGACAAAUGUGGUAACAAAGUUAAUGAAAUCUACCCUUACAUCAUCCAAGAAAUCAAACCCACACUUACUGAACUUGGCAUUGAGACCCCAGAAGAACUUGGUUAUGAUAAACCAGAAUUAGCAUUGGAAAGUGUUUAUGAAGUU